AUGCGUCUCGCUAUUGCCGCCACCCUCGGGCUGGCCGGUGCGGUCGCUGGAAACAUACACCCUCGCUCUCAGGAGUCCCGCGACUUCUUCGCUCUCCACCUCGAUGACACCACCUCUCCUUCCCACAUCGCACAGGCCCUAGGCGCUCGCCACGAGGGCCAGAUCGGUGAACUCGAUGGCCAUCACACUUUUUCUAUCCCUCGGGGGGAAUCGAUUCAGACGGAUACCCUGUUAGAUGACUUACGGGCGAGGAGGAAGCUCCGACGACGGUCCGGCGCAAUCGAUGCGCAGAAUGACGAUCCGCUGGAUGGUGUGUUAUGGUCGCAUAAGCUUGCCCCAGCAAGACAAAAGCUUCACAAGAGGCUUCCACCAGUGUCGGUACCAUACGAAACCCUGGACAAACGAAAGGUCGACGCGCAGGCCGCUGCAGCUCAGAAAAAUGUCAUGUCCACCUUAGGAAUCAGCGACCCCAUCUUUAAAGAGCAAUGGCAUCUUCUGAACACCCUGCAGCCUGGUCAUGACCUCAAUGUGACUGGUCUUUGGUUGGAGGGUAUCACAGGCGAAGGAGUCGCUACAGCAGUGGUGGACGAUGGAUUAGAUAUGGACAGCAACGACCUCAAGCCGAACUACUUCGCUGAGGGCUCAUGGGAUUUCAACGAGGGAGGCCCCGACCCCCGCCCUCUCCUACUGGACGACAAGCACGGCACCCGUUGCUGUGGCGAGAUCUCGGCAUCCAAGAACGAUGUAUGCGGUGUCGGUGUCGCCUACGAUAGCAAAAUUGCCGGUAUCCGAAUUCUCUCCAAGCCAAUCGACGAUGUCGACGAGGCGGCUGCGAUAAACUACGGAUAUCAGAAGAAUGACAUUUACUCUUGCUCCUGGGGCCCCAUUGAUGAUGGCGCUACGAUGGAUGCGCCCGGAAUUUUGAUCAAACGAGCCAUGGCCAACGGUAUCCAGAAGGGCCGAGGCGGUAAGGGCUCCGUCUUUGUUUUUGCUGCCGGAAAUGGUGCACUCUACGGCGACAACUGCAACUUUGACGGUUAUACCAACAGCAUCUACAGCAUCACUGUCGGUGCCAUUGAUAGGCAAGGCAACCACCCCACUUACUCGGAGUCAUGCUCGGCCCAGCUUGUCGUGGCAUACAGCAGUGGGUCGGGGGAUGCAAUUCACACCACCGAUGUGGGUGCCGACAAGUGCUUCUCCGGACAUGGUGGUACUUCCGCAGCUGGCCCAUUGGCCGCAGGAAGCGUGGCGCUUGCGCUCAGCGCACGACCAGAAUUGACCUGGCGUGAUCUGCAGCACAUCAUGGUGGAGACCGCCAUUCCCGUGAGUGAAGACGAUGGCAGCUGGCAGAUGCUGCCUUCUGGUCGCAAGUUCAGCCAUGACUGGGGUUUCGGCAAGGUCGAUACCUAUACCAUGGUCCAGCGCGCUAAAACAUGGGAACUUGUGAAGCCGCAGUCUUGGUACAACUCUCCUUGGUUGAGAGUGCACAAGGCGAUUCCCGAGGGCGAUCAGGGACUACUCAGCCGUUACACGGUGACUGAGGAUCACAUGAAGAAGGCCAACUUUGCCAAAUUGGAACAUGUCACCGUGACUAUGAAUGUCAACCACACCCGCCGAGGUGACAUCAGUGUUGAGCUACGCAGCCCGGGUGGCAUCGUGAGCUAUCUGAGCGUUGCUCGCAGAAAUGACAACGUGGCGACUGGCUAUAAUGAUUGGACUUUCAUGUCUGUUGCCCACUGGGGUGAAUCUGCCUUGGGCGAAUGGUCGAUCAUUGUGCGAGAUACCGACAAGAACGAGAACACUGGCAGUUUCGUCGAUUGGCGUCUGAACCUCUGGGGCGAAGCGAUCGACGGGUCUAAGCAGCCACUCCAUCCUCUCCCCGAAGAGAAUGAUGAUGACCACCCCUACGAGGAUGCUCACGUGGCUACAACCAGCGUCGCUUCGGCUCCGGUGAAGACCGGGGCCCCCGAAAACCCAGACGAUCAUCACGACCGUCCUGUGAAUGCCAAGCCACAAGAGACCCCCACGCCAGUGCCUGAACCCAAGCCUGAGCCUGAGACCAAGCCAGACUCAACACCGGUUGAGGAUGAGAAGGAACCUACCAACUCUGGCGGUGAGACCGCUUCACCUUCGCCCUCCUCUUCAGACUAUAUAUCGUCCUACCUUCCCACAUUUGGCACAUCUAAACGCACUCAGAUCUGGAUAUAUGCCUCCUUUGCAAUGAUUGUCGUUUUCUUCAUUGGACUGGGUGUCUACUUCCAGCUGCAACGAGUCAAGCGUCGUCGCACCACCGCUCACGAUGACUAUGAGUUUGAAAUGAUCGAGGAUGAGGAUGAGACGCAACCAAUGGCAGGAGCCUCUGGUCGUACGCAGCGUCGGGGUGGUGAGCUUUAUAAUGCGUUUGCCGGUGAAAGUGACGAGGAGAUGUUCAGUGAUGACGAAGAGCCUUACCGAGACGGGCUGGCCAAUCAAGGAGAAAGGGCAAGCGACGAUGACUCGCCUCACAGGCGUCAGGAAAAGCCUUAG